AUGCAAAAGCUGCCUACGCACCUCCGCCGCGUGACGAUCACCCUCCAGCAGGCAUGCGAGGAGAAGGAGGAGAAGCGUGCAGAGGCUGAGCGUCUGGCUCAGGUCCAACUCUCACCCAUGGGCUCGCCGAUUUCCUCGCCCAAGGGCGACAAGACCCCGCCUACCCCCAGCGUGGACAGCAUCGGGCCAGAGCUGUGGCCAGAGGAGGACUUCAUCGUGACCCGGAGCAAGCUGCAUGCCGAACGAGAAUCUGCAUUGAGGCAGUCGGCCGAGGCGCCGCCCCCCGCAUCCGAGCAGGCCUUAUCGCGAUCGGGGUCCAAGCUGUCGAAGCACUCGCAGAAGACGGCGCCGAUGUCUGUUGCUUCCAACAACUCGGACUUUGCUUUCGGGGACUGGGACGUGGAUGAGCUCAU